AUGAAGGACCCAGAAAGCUUCCAAAUCCCCUGCAUCAGAAGGGAUAUUAAUAUUGAAAAAGCCUUGUGUGACCUGGGAGCCAGCAUCAAUCUCAUGUCUCUACCCAUGAUGAGGAGGAUGAAGAUUAAGGAGGCCAAACCAACAAGAAUGGUACUUCAAUUGGCUGACAAAACAUUUAAGUUUUCACAUGGGGUAGUGGAAGAUUUGUUGGUGAAAGUGGGAGAAUUCAUUUUUCCAGCUGACUUUGUUGUGCUGGAUAUAGAAGAAGAGGCUAAUACAUCAAUCAUCCUAGGAAGAGCAUUCCUAGCUACUGCUGGAGCCAUCAUUGAUGUGCAAAAAGGGGAACUAAUCUUGAGAUUGCAUGAAGAAAAGAUGGUCUUCAACAUCUUUAAUGCAAUGAGUUACCCCAAGGAAUCCAUAGGAGAGUGCAUGAUGGUAGACACCAUCAAACAGAUAGUUCAAGGAGUUUUGGAAGAAGAAUAA